AACUGCACGAAAGCAACUCGAAACAAGGGGACAUUCAAUGUCCAACACCAACUGGGACUCCUUGCAACCAGCGUGGCAGAUGUUCUUCUAGUCAUGCGAACCCUCAGGCAUGAAUUCACUGCCCACAUGCAAGGUAAAACAAUCACAGUUAGAGAAUGAUUCGGUUGCUCCUAUUGUCGGUCCGAGACGUUUUACCCAGCUGGGUACUUUUCUGAAGGACUGGCCAGUCUCACCAGCAACCGCGAGUGCUUCACCCUUCACUGCCCUUUGGUUUGUCCUCCGGAUGAGAAAGGUCCUAACCUGGAAUGCACUGACAUGGACGCGUGGGGCCCAAGGCUUUGAAAAGCCGAGAUCGAAAUCCUAGAUUUUUUUGGCUGCACCCAAGGAUUUUGGCGCCGUAACUACACCAGGUGCAGGUCAAAGUCUCAUGCAUUCGUCCCGGAGCAAAGGCGGCCGCCCUCCAACGUAUAAAUAGAGCCAACGAGGAAGCAAUCUAGAGCAGGUUGAUCUCAGGAGAGUUCCCAGUGUCGAAGUCGCCACUAACUGGGGAACUGUGCGAAAAGUUUCAGCCUAGGUCCACAAAGUAAGUCCAAUGGAAAGGUCAGAAGCCCCCCAAGUGAUCGACUACGUGUUGACUUACAAGAGAGGCGAUGGUCAACGACUCGCUAGGGAAAGGAUGAACUUCCUAGGCGAAGUAAAGAAGACGGGGCUCUCUCUAGACCCCGACGUUACUGAGCAGCUGAGUACAGACCAAGGCACCCGCCCGAAGCAGAUCAUUAAAAUUCACGCACCCUUUAAUGUACUGAGCCAAGUGGCUGAAAAGAUGAGGCUAAAGAUGCCUUUGAACGUGGAGAGCACGGAGACGCCAGCCAGCUUCCCGCAGAAAUUCCUGAAGUAUUUUGUGACGGAUGAUGAGACUGACUAUUUCAGCGCACCUUAUAGACAUGACAAGCAGAAUAUAUUCAAAGGAAUUGAGAACAAGACUACAUUUUUUCGGCCAGCUGUGAGAUCUCUAAUUGUUAAUUAUAUUCUAAAUGGGAUCCAUAUACCUAUUGAAGGCCACAAAGAUAAAGCUAACUUUAAUGAAGAUAUAGAAAUGCAGCCUUUUAUUCAGACUGAUGACACCAAGAAAGAUCACAAGAAGGAUGGAAAAUUGAACAAUGUUGGCAGCUUAUCAUAUUUAUUGAUGGAGAAAGCAUUUACAUCUGCAUUCACCCUGCAUGAAGGCCCGGAAAAUCAUCUUGGAUAUUUACCUGGAGCAUCUUCAGUUCAAGAAAAUGGUGGUCGCCAUAACAGCUGGAUGGAUCUUAAUAAUCUGUGGGCUAAAACCUACAGAAUGCAGCCUUUGUGGAAGAUUAGAAACUAUUUUGGUGAAAAGAUUGCAUUUUAUUUUGCGAUGAUGGAAGUUCUUUCACUCACCUUCAUCCUUCCUGCACUCUGUGGCUUGGCUAUUUUCAUUUAUGGCCUUUAUCACAGCGUUUCCUGUCACAAUGCCAUCAGUGAUGUAAACACAAUCUUACAGAAAAAUAGUUGUAGCUUAGUCUGUUCAACGCCAAGUAUGGUCCCAGAGGUUGCUGAAGAGGCAGCCAAUCAAAUCAGGAAUAUCUGCGACAAUAUCGCUGCAAGGAAGAAGAAUAUUGAACAAAUAAUGAACAGGAUUUGUGCUUCUGAGAACCACAGUAAUUGUACUUUUCAGAUCCUGCCAGAUGAUGCUUUGGGUGUGUUCAAGUCUUCUUUGGACAAUUACGCAUCUCCGCUAUUUGGAAUGAUCGUUUGUCUAUGGGGAACGAUAUUUUUAGAAUUCUGGAAGAGGAGGAAUGCAGAACUGGUGUAUGAGUGGGAUGUUGAAAGUUAUGAAGACGAUGAACUCAUCAGGCCGGAAUUUUACGGAACAAAGCCAGAUCCAAUUACUGGUGAACUUGAUGCCUACUACUCAAUUUCCGGUCAACGGCUGAAAUUUGUCCUUUCAUUUUCAGUAGGAAUUUUAAUGGUGGGCUGUGUAUUCAUCAGUGUCCUGGCCGUAGUUGUUUAUACAACCUGGGCGAGAUUUAGAACGACAGACUCCGGAUCAUUUGAGCAAUUUUGCUUAACUACUCUCAUUGGUUCAUUACUCAAUGCGUUAUCCAUUUUCCUCAUGGGAAAAGCUUACCGGAUAAUUGCAGUGAGAAUGACAAACUGGGAAAACCACAGGACUCAGACCGAAUACAACGAUGCCCUGAUAAUAAAAUCAUUUGCCUUCCAGUUUGCCAACAGCUAUUCCCCUCUGUUUUACAUAGCCUUUGUGAAAACGAACAACGAGCAGUAUUUCACGAGAAUCGGUUUGCCCGGUUUAACGGAUAAUUGUGGAGAGCUGAACAAUUGUAUGUUGGAACUUAGUUUUCAACUGCUUACACUAAUGAUGAUGGAAGCACUUCCAAAGUUCGUAAAGGAUAUUUUCUCACUAUAUUGCCGUAAAAAAAAAACUACAGCAGACUGCGGUAAUAUAGAUGAGUACAUCCUCCAGGAAGACCAGAAACCUGAUGUUGGAGACUUCACGUUGGAGGAGUACACUGCGAAGGUCAUACAGUACGGUUACCAGAUGCUUUUUGCCGUCUCAUUCCCACUGGGACCAUUGCUUUUUAUCCUAAUCAUUUUAUUCGACAUGCGUCUGGAUGCUAGGCGACUAUUACGGACAAACAAACGCCCCAUUGCUCACAUGGCUCAAGAUAUAGGUCAAUGGUUCACAAUUCUAGAACUCAUGAACAUUGUGGCUGUGGUGACCAACGGGUGCCUCAUUGCUUUCACCUCAGAAUUUGGGAGAGGGAGACAUUUUUACGAGAAACUUGCCAUUGUGAUGGUUUUUGAGCAUGUUGUGUUUGUCGUGAAAAUUCUGCUGUUGAUAUUUAUACCAGAUGUACCACGAGGAAUUAAAAUGGCAAUAAAAAGGGAAAAAUAUGAGGCAGAAAGGAUAAUGGAAGCUGAAUGUGGCCACUAAUGGCUGAAGUGCAACAUUUCUAUAUGAACUACAGUGAACACACUCAAACUUACAAAGCUUUGCACGUGAAAGAAACUUGCUGAAUUGAGAAGAAUGACCACAGUAUGCAGCAGGCAGUGUGAAUUGCAUGAUUUGGAUUUGGAUUUGGAUUCAAUUUAUUGUCAUUGUCUUCAAUUAAGAGACAACGAAAUACUAUUUUCCUUACAGUCAUACAAAUAAAAAAAACACAA